AUGCCGGUAAAGGAGCGCUGGAGGAAGGCCCGUGUACCUUCCUUGUGCUUUGGAUGUUUGGGCAAGCACAAUUGGCGGACGUGCUUGAACAGACCGGUGUGCGGGAAGGAUGGAUGCACGUAUCAGCAUCAUGCGCUGUUGCAUGGCGUUGAGGAGCAGCGUAGGUCCAACAACGAGAUCAGUUCCCGAGACGGUGGUGCUGUUGUGGCCAACAACCAUCAUCAGAAUGCGUCGUCGUCGUCUUCAUCGUUGUCAGCGUCGUCGUCGUCGAAGGUAUUUUUCCGAAUUGUGCCUGUCACUGUUUAUGGUCCAGCCUCAACGGUAACAACGUUUGCCUUCUUGGAUGAAUGUUCGUCCAUGACGUUAGUGGACGAGGAUUUAGCGGAAGAAUUGGGUGUCGAAGGGGAGGUAGAACCUCUUUGCAUUCGUUGGACCGGUGACACAACAAGGGUUGAGGCUGGUUCCAGGCGUGUGAACUUCGAGGUGGGGCCGGUCGGUUUUACGAAGCGUUCGGUCAACUCGGUGCGGACGGUGCCUAGGUUAAAUCUUCCUCGACAAUCCUUCGAACCGGACGAAGGAACAUGGGAACAUCUGAAGCGGUUACCGAUAAGGGAAUAUCAGAAUGCGGAACCGAGGAUGUUAAUCGGUUUUGACAAUCUGCGGUUGUCGGUCCCUCUUAGGACGGUAGAGGGAGGAGUUGGUGAACCGAUCGCAGUUAAUACGCGCCUAGGUUGGUGCAUCUACGGGAAACCGAUAAACGUGGAGGGUGAGCGACUGUUGCAUAUCUGCGAGUGCAACAAUCUGGAGGACCUUCACGAAACGAUUCGGAAGUUUUACGAGCUGGAACAGGUGGGGGUUACGCACGUAGUCCAGCCAGAUCCGGAAGUACAACGUGCGCAACAUCUUUUGGAAGUUACUACCGUUCGGGUAGGGAAGCGUUUCGAGUCAGGCCUGCUGUGGAAGGUCGAUAAUGUCUGCCUGGAGAGAAGGAUGGAACGAGAUGGUCAGCUGAAGUUGCAGGUACAGCGUCAGAUUCGUGAUCUGUUGGACAAGCAGUACGUGCACAAGGCUACGGCACAGGAACUGGCGGAAGCUGAUCAGAAUCGUGUUUGGUAUCUGCCAAUAGGGGUAAUCACGAACCCAAAUAAGCCCGGGAAGGUCCGUCUGAUUUGGGAUGCUGCAGCCAAGGCACAAGGGGUCUCGCUCAACGACAUGCUCCUUAAGGGUCCAGAUGAGGUUAUGUCCUUGCCCGGAGUACUCUUCCGAUUCCGUCUGUAUGCGGUGGCGGCGUGUGCGGAUGUGAAGGAGAUGUUUCUACAAAUAAGAGUACGAAAGGAGGACAAGCAUGCGCAGCGUUUCUUGUGGCGUGACAAUCCUUCGGACGAGCUGAGUACCUACAUUGUAGACGUCGUGACGCUUGGUUCUACGUGUUCGCCGGCCACAGCGCAGUAUGUUAAGGCCCGGAAUGCGAAGGAACACAUAGAGCAGUUUUUACGAGCGGUAGAAGGUAUUCUUGAGAGUACCUACGUGGAUGACUACCUGGACAGCUUCGGGACGGUAGAAGAAGCUUGCCAGGUAUCCAGAGAGGUGAGAGAGAUUUUCAGCAAUGGUGGUUUCGAGCUGAGGAAUUGGAGCUCGAAUAGGUUGGCGGUCUUGAAAUCUCUCGACGAACCGGACGGCAGUAAUGUGAAAUGCUUAUCAUCUGUAGGAGAUGAGUCGGAGCGCGUGUUAGGAAUGCGCUGGAAUCCUUCAUCGGACGAGUUAGGAUUCUGUACUCGGGCGUGCACGGCGAUAUCGGACCUGUGGAGAGAAGAGCGGAUCCCUACGAAGAGGGAAGUUCUGCGAUGUGUGAUGUCACUGUACGAUCCCCUUGGGCUGCUGGCAAUGUUCGUGAUACAUGGCAAGAUCCUGAUUCAAGAUCUUUGGCGAACCGGCACGCAGUGGGAUGAGGAGAUAAGCGGCAUCCAGUACAGGGACUGGCGAAGAUGGGUUGACCUUUUCCCCACUAUCGCCGGCAUACGUAUCCCGCGCUGUAGCUUUACAGAAGCAUCGAAGAAGACUUACGAGAACGGCGAGUGGCAUUUGUCGUCGAUGCCAGUCAGCACGCAUAUGCAUGCGUCUUGUACCUUCGCAUCAUCGACGAGGCUGGAGAACCGCAGUGCACCCUGA